AUGAAGCUUCUUCGAGCUGGGGCCGAGCCAACAAGACAGAAUCUGAGCUGCUUCGUCAACCAGCAGGGGGAUGUCAAGAGGACCAGCAUUGCCAUUGCCUCAGAGCACCGAAAUUCUGUCAAAGGUCUGCCAUGCCGCCUCGCGCGUACCGAGCAGCUGCAGAGCCCACUAUGUCGAGAUCACAAGGCGUACGUGCGUCAAUUUCCCUCCACCUUUGCAGACCCAUAUCUCUGUGAUGCGGUGCCGCUCUGCCUCUUCUUGUUGAAUGACAACAAGCAGACGCCGCUGGAAGUGCUCCUGAGCAGAGCUGAAGGCCGCCCAAACCGUGAUACCAGCCUUGAUGAGAAACAUGGUAUUCCUUCGGGCAAGUUGGUUGAGGCCUAG